AUGCCGUCCUGGGUCACCCCCAUGCAGGUGGGGGGGGGCCUUGUCCUGCUCUCAGGCCCCCAGGCGGGCCCCGCCGCGGUGUCCACCAUCAUCCCCAGGCCAGGCAGCGGGUGCGGGGAGCACAGACCCUCCACGGAGGCCGGGCUGCUGAGCGCCGUCCUGGGCAUUAUCCUGGUGCAGGUGGAAAUGACCACGCAGCACCUGGACCUGCAGAAGAUUGCAGGGUUCUGGCGGGAAGUUGGGGUGGCCUCCAGACAAAACCUGGCACUGCAGACCCCAAAGAGGCUGGCGGCCUUGUUCCUGACCUUGAGUGGGGAGGAGCUGACCGUCAAGGCUGCGUAUAACAGUUCAGGAAGCUGUGAGACUGAACAAAUAGUGAGCUCAGAAAUAAAUGUUUCGGGGAAAUUUGUUUUCCCAGGCCACAGGGAGAUCCAGGUGACAGACACAGACUACGAAUAGUACGCCAUCCUGAGGGUGUCCCUCCACUGGCGGGACAAGGAAUUCCACGUGCUCAAGUAUUUCAUUCGGAGCCUUGAGGGCGAGUAUGAACCAGGCUUCUGGAAGUUCCGGGAGUUGACCACAGACACGGGACUGUACGUGGUGGCCCGGCACGGAGCUGAUCGAGGGGAGCCCCCGCCCCCAUCCGGGAUGCUGGGAGCCCCGUCCACCCGGGCUCCCCUGGCCGCCCAGCCCUGGGGGGCCCGCCUGCACCUGCUCUGAAUAAACUUUACU